AUGGGGAGCAUGGGAAGCCUUUGGCCCUGGCUGCUGGUUCUGCUCUCCUUGCCAGGUGUGAUCCUCGGAGUGGACCCAGCCACCCAGUGUGCUGAAGCCCGCAGUGCCAGCUUCUCAGAAGACCUCACCCCUUGGGGGACUCAGGAGUCCUGGGACAAGGACAUCCCUGCUAUUAACCAAGGGCUCAUCCCAGAGGAAACCCCAGAUGGCAGUUUUCUUGUGGAAGGGGACAUCAUUCGGCCAAGUCCCUUCCAGCUAUUGGCGGUAACCAACAAUAAGUGGCCUAAAAGUGCUAGUGGUGUCGUGGAGGUCCCCUUCCUGCUGUCCAGCAAGUAUGAUGGUCCCAGCCGCAAGGUCAUCCUGGAAGCAUUUGCCGAGUUUGAGCAUUUCACGUGCAUCCGCUUUGUCGCCUAUCAGGGCCAGAAAGACUUCAUCUCCAUCAUCCCCAUGGCCGGGUGCUUCUCUGGUGUGGGCCGUAGUGGAGGGAUGCAGGUGGUGUCCCUGGCACCUGCCUGUCUCCGCAGGGGCCGGGGCAUUGUCCUGCAUGAGCUCAUGCACGUGCUUGGUUUCUGGCAUGAGCACGCACGUGCCGACAGAGACCGUUACAUCCGUGUCAACUGGCAUGAGAUUCUGCCGGGCUUUGAAAUCAACUUUGUCAAAUCUCGGAGCAGCAAUAUGCUCACGCCCUACGACUACCUGUCAGUGAUGCACUACGGGAGGCUUGCCUUCAGCCGGCGUGGGGAGCCCACCAUCAUCCCGCUCUGGGCCCCUAGUGUCCACAUUGGCCAGCGGUGGAACCUGAGUGCCUCGGACAUCACCCGGGUCCGCAGGCUCUACAGCUGCAGCCCAAGUGGCCCUGACUCCCAAGGGAGAGGGUUCCAGGCCCACAGCAGUGGAAGGAGCCCCACGCCUGCCUCCAGACCUUACCUCCAAAGACUCCUGGAAGCAUUGCAAGGGGAAUCCAGGAGCCCUGGGCCCAGUGAUGCUGGGGCUGGCAGCCAGCGAGUUGCUGCAGGACGUGGAGAGAUUAUCCAGCAGUGGGAGCCCCCUGCCUGGAGAAAGUUCAAUGAAGAGGUCUUGCGAAGGCCACCUCAGACCCUGGUUUCCUCCCGACGGUCAAGGCCUCGAGCAGGGGCACCGGGCAGGGCUCUGGAGCAGUCCUGGCUGGCCCAGGUGCCCAUGGAACCUCCAACCCCAUUGCCAGAAGCCAGAAAGCAGCUGCCACCUGUCCAGGCUGCUGUGGAGAGCCCAGAUCUAUCAGGAGGCUGGGAACCUGGAAGUCGCUUCAGGCAGAUGCCCGGAGCUUGAGUUGGUAGCUUCUGUCCCCAAAGACAGAGCAUGUUCUCCUGGAGAAGCUGCGUCAUCUGAGCCUUGGCUCCUCUGGGCAGUACCUCUGUCUUUUAGUCCUGACCCAGCCAGUCUCUUAGUGGCCUGGGCUGUCCCCUGUGUCCCUUCCCUAAGUGCUCCUAGGGACAGAGGGGUCCUCUAGGUCUGUUGUGGAAGGCAGGCCUGGCUCAGCUUGCUGUUCUUUUGCCCCAGCCCUUGAGGCUGCAGAGAACGGUAAGAACAGGAGAAGCCAGAGGGAGGACCAGAUGUGCUCUCCACCUCUGGUCUCUGUUUCUGGAGCCCAGUCCUAAGGGGCCAUGGCAGGGGUGGCCCCACUUGGCCUCCUCCAGCCAAGCCCCACCCAUCCCUUUCCCAAGCUCCUAGCUGACCCUCAUGGUCUCAGGAGUGAAGCCACUCUCUGGGUGCACUGCAAUCCCCAGGGGUUACCAUUCUGGGGACCUGCAGAUCACAGGUGAGAGGGAGCCAGGGACCUCAGCUGUUAGGGGAAAGCAGAAAUAAAGUUGGGUGUGUGCUGUGUGCACCAUGCUGUGCUGACUCUCACAGGUGAGCGCUGAGGUGGCCCCUGGGGGUUGCACCUUCUUUCCAGAGGGCAGACAGAUUUCAGGGACCAUGUGGAUCUGUUUGAGGCACCAUAGCUAGGGGCAGGUCCUGAGGCCAAGGUUGGUCCCAAAGUUCCAGCCACAGUGUGGAUUUUGCCAGUUCCUGCAGGGGUCAUGUGUUGGAACUGUUGGGGACGUGGGGACACUGUCAUGGGUGGGUUAGGGGACAGUGCAGGGCAACAGAGCACACUGGCAUUGUAUCCUUAGAGUUAGAUACAGGGGAGCAGGGCCUGUGCUACUUGGGGCAGUGUGUGUCUUGUGGCCCCUGUCAUGGGACAUGCCCUGUAUAUCACAGGCUGGCUAGUGUCUUUGGUUUGGUUUCUACCCAUCUCCAUCCCUGGGCUGUGCCAGCCAAAAGUGUCUCCAGACAUUCAGUGUCCCUCGUGAGGACUACUGAGUCAGGGGGAGAAGAGGCUGAGACAGGGUGGUCUCUGAGGCAGGAGCAGAACCUGAGAGUUGGAGGGAAGGGGGUGCUCUGUUCCAUCCCUGAUCCCAUCUGCUGAGAGAAGAGGAAGGCACAGACCUAGGCCUGGCCUUGGGGCCUCCUGGGGUUUACAGAGAGUGAGAGGAGCAGGGACAGGGCAUGAGGGUUGGCAGUGGUUGCCCCAGAGGUGGAGGCAGGGACUGGGCAGCAGGGAGUGGAAUCCUGGGUGAGGUGGCUGGGCUAGCCUGCAGGGACCAGGGAGAGGACUUGACCUUGGAAGCUGUGCAGGUGGGCACAGAGGGUGGGGCUGUGGGAAAGUCACAGUGGGGGAGAGGGGCUGGGAAGUGGUGAUGGGGAACAGUUAGAGAGGGGAGGCGAACGUGCCAGGGAAGUUGGGAGGUUUGUGGUAGUGGACUUAAAGCAAAGCCAGUGGGUGCAGUGAGGGGGAAAAGGCAGCUAGGUCAAAGGAACAGGGUGUGGGGCAAGAUUCAGGUCUGCCAGGCUGGGGUUCCAUUAGGGUCCCUGUGGGACCGAGGGAUAGUAUGGCAGAGUCGGUGAGUGGGAGCUAGGCUGCAGAAGGUAGUGUGGAGAUGAGGCUCCCAGGGGCUGCAGGCCGUAAAGCAGAGUGCAGUCCAUCGGUUCAGUCCUGGGGGUACCCCCCACCAGCAGGUAGGGCAGGGACCUGCUGGGACUCCCCCACCCAAGACCCCUCUGCCACUUUCUCACCUUGACCUGGGGAAUGAGGACCACAGGUCUUUCGGCUGCAUUAUCCCAUUUCUUGUCAGAUCUGGAAGCCAGGUGGGGACAAUGGCCCCGCCUUU